AUGUGGCCGGGCCGUCGCUCGCAGGUGGAGUGGGAAGUCGCGCUGAGCUGCGGCGCGCUCGAGGAGCGGAUCCGGCCCUGGGUGACGCGGGGGUGGGUGUCGAAAAAGAUGGAGGAAUACCUGGGCGAGGACGAGCCGACGCUGGUCAACUUUGUGCUCGACAAGCUGGCCGCGCGCACCGCCGCCGCGGAGGUGGAGGCCGAGGUGGCAAAGGUGCUCGACGAGGAGGCGGAGCCCUUCACCGUCAAGCUCUGGCGCAUGCUCCUCUUCGAGAUCAAGCGCGCAAAGGCGACGCCGAGCUGA